AUGGUUGGAGAAAGGGAUAAAUCGAUUUGGCUGCUUAUGUGGAUGCCACCUAAAGCUCUUCCGGCUACUGGUUCCCCAGCUCUUGUUGCAGCUUCGACCGCUACCCUAGAACUCAACCCCAACUCGUCAUCCUCCAAAAGUACUGUUUCUAUCACAGCUCUCCAAAAUCCUAGCUCCUCUUUGGCUAGUUCUUCGGAUUACAACAAUGGUACCGGUGGUGUUUCAGGAUUUUCUGCUUGUGAAACUGACGAUGAGGCAAAGAUGCUCCGCAUCGGACUUGUCAAACCUGAGGUAAUCAGCUGGUCACCACGGAUAACUGUCCUGCAUAAUUUCUUAAGUUCGGAGGAAUGUGAUCAUCUUAUGGCCAUUGGUAGGCCUCGGCUCCAGCGUUCUAAGGUACAUGACAUGAAAACAGGCAAGGGAAUUGUGAGUGAUACUAGGACAAGUUUCGAAACGUCUUUAAGCAAGGAAGAGAGUAAGAAUCUUAUUGUACAGGCAAUUGAAAAACGAAUUUCAGUAUUCUCUCAAGUACCAGUUGAAAACGGAGAAACUAUUCGAGUUAUAAGGUAUGAAAAGAAUCAGUACUUCAGGCUACAUCGCGACUACAUUAUUGACACUGUGAAUUUGCAAAAUGGAGGACAGCGAAUAGCAACAAUGCUCAUGUAUUUGAGCGACGAUGUGGAAGGAGGUGAAACUUACUUUCCCAUGGCUGGAACAGGAAAAUGUAGUUGUGGUGGGAAAAUGUUAAAAGGGAUGUCUGUAAAACCGAUUAAAGGAGAUGCACUUCUUUUCUGGAGCGUGGGACUUGAUGGGAAGGAAGAUCCGAAGAGUGUACAUACAGGAUGCGAAGUCUUAUCAGGAGAGAAAUGGUCUGCUACGAAAUUGAUGAGGCAAAAUAAAUACUGCUAA